GUCCACAACAAAGCUGAUCAGAACCACGCGGGGGGAUAUUUAACUGCCAAACAGCGCAGUAAUUGGGAUGUCGUGACCAGUUUUUUAAUGUCUCUCUGGGUUUGCGAUGAGAAAGAGAGUGCAUUCUUGUUUUUUGGAAAAAGCAUGCAAUGCCUAUUAGUUUUGUGGAGGCUCUUGUAUAAGAAAGCAGCUGCAUGUUACAUGCAGUCCAGCUAUCUCAGAGAGGAAGUGCGCACUAUGUUGCACCAGAAGAAUAAACCCAUUGUUUCUUUCAAGUAAUGUCUUGGGGCACUUAACAGUGGUGUCGUUUGAUGCUGAGCUGGGAAGAGAGGGGAGUAGACCGUAGGAAUGGUUGAAGAAUUGCUCCAAGAAAGACAGAAGCUGCUGACUUCGGUGAACAGUUAUGGUUCCCAGUGUGACACAGACCCAGCGACUCCUGCCUCGAGCAGCUUGGACCUGCAGGAGGAGGAGUUGAGGAGGAAACUGAAGUAUUUCUUCAUGAGUCCCUGUGACAAGUACCGAGCCAAGAGCAGGAAGCCCUACAAGCUGGUUGUGCAAAUGAUCAAACUCAUCGCCGUCACAGCCCAGUUGAUUCUGUUUGGGUUGAGUAACCAGAUGGUGGUCAAUUUUGCAGAAGAAAACACUCAAACCUUCAAGCAUCUCUUUCUGAAGGAUUACGCAGACGGAUCAGAUGAAACGCAUGCUGUGUAUACACAGGACGAUGUUUACAGCUCUCUCUUCUACAUCAUUGAGCAGUUCCUGGCCCUUCAGAACAUGACUCUAGGGACCUAUGCCUACGUGAUCGAAAAUGAGAAUCACACUGCUCUCGAGCUCUGCCAGCAGUUUUACAAGAAGGGGCAGAUUAAUCCCGCCAACGACACCUUCAACAUCAACCCACUGGUACAGACAGAGUGCAUUGGAGUGAGUCCCAGCACGCUCACUCACCCCACGGAGGUCCGAAUGUACAGGAACUUCACACUGAAAUUCUACAAGCUUAUAAACGUUUCCAUAAGGUUUAAACUGAAAGCGAUCAACAUCCAGACGAUCAUCAACCACGAAAUUCCAGACUGCUACACGUUUAAGAUUCAAAUCCUGUUCGACAACAAAGCACACAGCGGCCGCAUCAAGGUCUCCCUGGACAACGACGUGGUCAUUAAGGAGUGCAUGGAUCACAGUGUGCUCGGCUAUGGUCCCAACGAUUAUAAGCUGCUGAUCUUUGACAUCUUUGUGCUCGGGUUUUGUGCGCUCUCCUUUAUUUUGUGUGCACGCUCCAUCAUCCGAGGGGUGAUGCUGCAGAAAGAGUUUGUGAAGUUCUACUGGCUGCGUUAUGGCCGUGAGCUGCCCUGGGCCGUGCGCAUGGAGUUCCUGAACGGUUGGUACAUCCUCCUGAUCAUCAGCGACAUCCUCACCUUCCUGGGCACCAUCAUGAAGAUUGGCAUUGAGGCAAAGAAUUUUGCUUCGUACGACGUGUGCAGUAUCCUCCUGGGCACCUCCACCCUGCUGGUGUGGGUCGGUGUCAUUCGCUAUCUGAGUUUCUUCCAGAAAUACAAUAUCCUCAUAGUGACGCUCCGAGCCGCGUUCCCCAACGUGAUUCGGUUUUGCUGCUGUGCAGCAGUUAUCUACCUUGGCUACUGUUUCUGCGGCUGGAUUGUGCUGGGACCCUACCACAACAAGUUCCGCAGCCUCUCCACGGUCUCCGAGUGCCUGUUCUCCCUGAUCAAUGGAGACGACAUGUUUGUGACAUUUGCUGAGAUGCGGCAGAAGAGCACUCUGGUCUGGCUGUUCAGCCAGCUCUACCUCUACACCUUCAUCAGCCUCUUCAUCUACAUGGUCCUCAGCCUCUUCAUCGCCCUCAUCACCGGCUCCUACGAAGCCAUAAAGCAUCAUGGGAUCAGCGGGCUGCACCCGACAGAGCUGCACGAGUUCAUCGCCGAGUGCAAAGACGCCCCGGGUUCGGGCAAGUUCCGCGAAGUGGAGAGCUCCAUGUGCUCCCUUUUCUGCUGCUGCAACAGGACAACAACCUAUGAGGACACCGUGUUCAUAAACUGAGGUGUAAACGCUAGAGACGAUGUCAGAGCCCACAGACCAGCCGAGUGGUUUAGGUUUGGGGGGAGCGGGAGGGGGGGUGGGGGGUAAUUACUAGGGCAAUGGCUGUGACAUGAUUGGAUUUUAAGCGGACGCAAGGUCUCGCUCUCCUGCUGCUGCUGCUUUUAAAUCACUGAACUGGUCGCACGAGAAUGGACAGAGCAGAUCAAGAGGAAUUUGCUGACCAGAGGAACCUCAAUCCCAUUUGCUGCCACUGCCCUGUGCGGAGGAGGUGGAUUUUUAAAAAAAUUAUUAUUGUUUGCGAAAUUGCGAAACGUUCAAUGAAACUUUGCUGCAGGAACGUGACAUCAUGUUAUUUUAAACGAUGGGGAAUAAAGCGGUGGCCAGGAAUAACAGCCCGGCCAUUGCUACAGCUAGACUGGACACAGUGAAGCUGCUCGACACCUAACCCCCAACCACAGCCCAAACCCCUAGCCCCCAG